ACAAUCCAUAUUGACCGAACAAGCACGUGAAAGUCUCCGAUGGGUUCAAGAACAACGAGCAGUUUUGGAACGAGAGAUGGAGGAAAAUCAUCAACUAGAACUAGAGCGGAAAAGGUUAGAGCUAAAAAGGUUGACUAACAAGGCCAUGAUGGGAAUUCUCAACAGCACGAAUGGGGAAGGUAUGGAUAGUCUUAACGAACAAGCUGCUGCGGUAGGCGUGAGCAAGGUAGGAGACUGGAUACAAGGGAUAGUCGGCGAGAUGCAAAAUCUCUCUGUUGCCCGCGAGACGAGCAUGAUACCAGAGAAGACAACAUCUGUUGGUCCCACGUUCGACAUCAGUUCCACGCCGACUACUGCAGGUGUCCAUCUAAGUUCGUUGGACCGUACACUGUCACCAACUAUCCGAAGAGUGGUUCCAGGUGUUUCGGUAAGUCAACCUCUACUGACAAGCCUCCCUAACACAACGGUGGUACAAACACAACUACCUUUAAACGCUCGUUCAGAAAUCUACCGCUGCCAUGAGCUAGGACCAAUGCCAAGGAGUGCUGUCAAGCGAAUGCCGCCGGGGUUGGGUGCCAGUGCUCAAACGAAUGUUGUGACAGCAUGUUCAACAGUUCCUACGGUUGGACUCUCUUCUACUUGCUGGGGACUUCCUGAUGUAUCCAACUGCGCGGUGGUAAACAAUCCAGUGACAACACUGCCACAACCACAAUAUCAGCCUGGGCUUUCAACAAAUGCAUAUACAGCAACGGGCAUGCUUCCGCGCUCGAAUCCCGCUAUGGUUUUUAAUGAUGGUGGAAUAAGCGGUGGAUACGGCUAUCAAAAUCAUGCGCCACAGUACACAGCGAAUGUCAGUUCCGGUAGAGGAUUUCCGAUCGGAAUAAACAACAUUCCAGAACUUCCAAGGCAUCAUAAUCCACCUAUUGCGUCGGGGUAUGCAGCUAAUGUGAUUACAGGGAGUGGCGUACCUGUUUAUCAGCCUUAUAUAGGACUUCAACAGCCACAUCAUCUAGUGGGUCAAUUGCAAGCGCUUCCCACUCAACAUCAGCUGAUGGCUAGACAGGUGAUGCCAAAAGACCUACCACCGUUCAGGGGUGAUCCAGAAGAUUGGCCCCUUUUCUACAGCGCAUAUGUGAAUUCGACAACGGCAUGUGGAUAUUCAGAUGUCGAGAAUUUAGCAAGGUUGCAAAAGGCAUUGCAGGGCAAAGCUUUUGAUGCUGUCAAAAGUCGGCUUCUGCUUCCGGCAUGUGUGCCUCAGGUUUUGUCUACGCUGUAUAUGCUCUAUGGGCGACCUGAGUUAAUCAUUCAAACUCUUCUCAACAAAGUUCGGGAGGCUCCAGCUCCCAAGUCAGAUAAAUUGGACACGCUAAUUUCGUUCGGGAUGACAGUUCAAAACCUGGUCGACCACCUGGAAGCGGCGGGACAAACGGCUCAUAUGUGCAAUCCCACUUUACUACAGGAGUUAGUGGAGAAAAUACCGGCCCAUCUGCGCCUAAACUGGGCGUUGUAUAAAAAUCAGUUUGCGGUGGUAGACUUACGACUAUUCGCAACCUACAUGUCAACACUUGUGGCGGCGGCCACAGAUGUCACAGUCGUCGCGGAUGCUAGACAAACGCAAAUAUGUAGAAAAGAGAAAAACUUCCUUAAUACGCAUGUCGAAACCGAGCCACCGAAAAGGGAAGUCAAGCAGGAAAACAUUUCAGGAGUAAUAUGCUUGGCGUGCCAUGGACCAAAUCACAAAGUGAAGGACUGUGUGGUUUUUAAGAAGCGGGAUCCUGAUAGUCGAUGGGAGACUGUUCGAGAAUACCACCUUUGCAAAAUGUGUCUAGGGAAACAUGGCACACGACCUUGCAAACAACAAGGAAGCUGCGGAACAGAAGGCUGUCAGCUGCGACAUCACCCAUUACUCCACGCCGAGACACGACAGCAUCAAAGUGCAGCCGAGAACGAACAGGACAAGAGUGACUCUAGCGUGAGCUCCGGAGAAGGCGUGAAUGCUCAUCAUUCAACAGGAAAAUCAACGUUAUUCCGCAUUAUACCAGUACAGCUAUACUGGAAUGGAAAGUCUGUCGAAACUUUCGCCUUCUUAGAUGACGGCUCGUCGAUGACCUUGAUUGAGCAAUCUGUGGCAGUUCGCUUGGGCAUAGACAAUGGCGAGCCACAUUCGCUAGGUCUAACAUGGACAGGUAACAUAAAUAGGCAAGUCCCGAACUCCAAGCGGGUGUCUAUUGACAUUUCCGGCAUGGGUGACAGUAAACGCUUCCCAUUGGACGACACGAGAACUGUCUGCAAUCUUGAGCUUCCGAAGCAGACAUUAAAGUAUGAUGAGUUGGCGCGUCAGUAUGCUCAUCUACGAGGGUUACCGAUCAACAACUACGAAUCAGUUUCGCCUGGCAUUUUGAUUGGAUCGAACAAUGCGAGUCUAAUUGCAACAUUGAAGCUGCGUGAAGGCGAACUUGGAGAUCCACUAGCUGCUAAAACCCGGCUAGGUUGGUCGGUUUAUGGACAUGUAGCUAGUUUGAGAAAGCAAGAAAACUUCAGUUUCCAUAUUCGCGAAUUUAAAGGAGAAUGCGCAGCGCACCAACACAAUUGUGACAAUAUAAUUGUCAAACCCGUGGGUAUUACUACGAAAUGGGUUCCGAAAGCAAUGGCGACAAACUUAUCAAAGCAGAUCGCUCUUGAAAAGGUACUCAGCAAUUCAACGACGAAAACUUAUUCUCGGAAAGAGAGGAUUGCGAUUCAGCAGAAUCAAGGAUCAGUCAUAGGUUGUUUGCUAACGAAGGAUGUGAAGAUAAGCGGAAGUGAUCUCGGUAUCAGAACACAAACCAGCGGGUGUCAGAUUGCAGGAAUCGACGAACAGUUGCAGUGUUUGGAGCCGUUAGCAGUGUUGGAAGGACGACUUAGUGGUAACGCAGAGUCAGUACCUAAUGUUAGAGCGCGUUACGGGUUGGGGGAUGUUGGCAAUACUAGCAACACUGCCUUCGAACCGCCUCGUGACGCUUCUGACUCGAAGCCUGCCCAGCUAUAUCUGGCCGGUAAAUACUACAUGAGUCGCAGCUGUCCGAUAUACUAACGUCAAUAAGAAGUCAAAUGCUAGCUUAUAUCUAUGUGAGGACAGCUAGAAGUCAGAGCAAUCGCGACGUGUUUAUAUCGCUUAUUGCAAACGAUUCUGAAUUUUGUAAUAAUUUUGUUUAUUUCUUUACCAAAUGAAUUCGAUUGUCAGGAACGGUCAAGAAUAGUUGAUUGAUUUGAGUUUAGUGCACAGUCUGCUAGACAGUGAAUUAUUAUUAUUGUUCGCGUUGCCCGCGCGCUAUAGAAAUAGAUUUGUUGGAUUUAUCCCGGUGAAUGAGACCAAAUUGUAAGCAGCAAAAUUACACCCGAUCACCCAAAAUAUUAUAAUAAUUAAACAUUUCAGCUUCAAGUAUUAUCACCAUCAAAGAAGUGCGUGUUUCUUUGAGGAGGUCCGAACCACC